AUGGCAUUCAUUAACCAGGCAGCCCCAGAUAUCAAAAGGAAACUGCAGAAGAUUGACAGGCUAGGAGAAAAGAGUAUACAGGACUUGAUGGCAGUGGCAGAGAGGGUUUACAAUAACUGGGAGACACCGGAGGAAAGACACACUCGGAUGAUAGCGGAAGAAAGAAAAGUUAGGGCAACUGAAAACGCCCUGCAGGCCUACAACAUGGCUAAAAUCUUACUUGCGGCUACUGCAGAAUCUCCCAGAGAAAAGAGGAAACAACUAAGGCAGUUAGCAGCUGUGCAAGACAAGGACCGAUUCAGGCCUAGAGUGCAGAAAAACCAAUGUGCCUACUGCAAGAAGAUAGGACAUUGGGCACGGGAAUGUCCCAGUAAGGCAGGGAGAAAAACCCAAGAUCUUGAAGGUAGACGCAAGGUGCUGGGGCCCAAAACUCAAGGCAAAUUGUCCACCAAGACUUCUUGGGUACAAGGGGCCACUGGGAUGAACAAAUACUCAUGGACUACCCGAAGAACAGUGGACUUAGGCGUGGGCCGGGUAUCCCACUCGUUCAUGGUGAUCCCAGAAUGCCCAUACCCACUCCUGGGGCGAGACCUGCUCACCAAGAUGGGGUCCCAAAUUAGUUUUGGGCCUGAGGGAACAUCAGUCUUAGGUUCAUCUGGACAACCCAUCUGGGUGCUUACGAUUAGUUUAGAGGAUGAGUACUGGUUGCAUCAGGUCCCCAAGCCACCCAGUGAUAACAUGGACUAUUGGCUCAGAGCCAUUCCUCAAGCUUGGGCAGAAACAAGGGGAACACGUCUGGCAGAUCAUCGCCCACCCCUCUAUAUUGAAUUGAAACUGGGAGCUGAACCUGCCCGAGUCCGCCAAUAUCCAAUGACAAGGGAAGCCAAACUGGGAAUCACACCUCAUAUCAGGUGCCUGCUGGAGGUGGGAAUCCUGAGACCAAGUCAGUCAGCCUGGAACACCCUGUUGCUCGUCCGCAAGCCCCAUUCAAAUGAUUACAGACCAGUACAGGACCUGAGGGAAGUUAACAAGAGAGUAAUGGAUGUGCACCCGACAGUCCCCAAUCUGUACACCCUCCUCAGCUCCCUCCCUCCUAAUCAACAAUGGUAUACAGUGCUAGGUCUUAAAGAUGCCUUUUUCAGCAUACCAUUGGCUCCCAAAAGCCAAGACAUCUUUGCCUUUGAAUGGAGUGACCCUGACAAGGAAAUCAGUGGACAAUUGACCUGGACCCGACUGCCACAAGGCUUCAAAAACUCUACCACCAUCUUUGACGAGGCACUCCAUGAGGAUCUUGGUGAGUUCCACACCAACCACCCUCAGAUCACUCUUCUGCAGUACGUGGAUGACCUCCUCAUAGCUGCAGAGGACUGCGAGACUUGCAUGCAGGGCACAUGA